AUGGACUGGGAUUUCAUUAAAGACAUGCUUGUUGCUUUGGGUUUCCCAUAUCAUUUUGUGAAAAUUAUUGUUACUUGUCUGACUUCUACAACCUUUGCUCUUACUGUGAAUGGGUCCCCUCUUAAGUUCUUAAAGGCUAAAAGAGGUUUAAGACAAGGUGACCCUAUGUAUCCUCUUUUGUUUGUUUUGGGGAUGGAAUAUCUCUCUCCUAUUCUAAAGUGCACCAGUCAAGAUGAGUCUUUUAUGUUCCACCUGAGAUGGCUUGAAUCUUUUACUGAUGCCUCUGGUCUCCAUGCUAAUUCCUCCAAGUCAGCCAUCUACCUUGCUGUUCUUAGUAAGGAGCAUCAAUUUGAUAUUCUUAGGCAGAUUAAUUUGCCUCUUAGAAAGCUUCAAUUCCGUUAUCUGGGUGUUCCUCUUAAUUCUAGGAGUAUUUCCGCUUUUGAUUGUGAGAAAUUGAUUUUUCUCCUCCCGAAGAAGGUUAUCAAACAAGUUAACAGUAUUUGUAGAUCUUUUUUUUGGCAUUAUGAUGGGAUUGAUUCUAAGCCUGGUAAUGUGAAGUGGGAUUCUCUUUGUAAGCCUAAAAAAGAAGGAGGUUUGGGUAUUCGUAAUCUUGAAAUUUGGAACCUUGCUGCCAUCGGCAAGAUUGCUUGGCAUAUUAGCAGUCUUCAAGAAUCUCUUUGGGUUCGUUGGGUUCAUGGAGUGUAUACUAAAGGUGGAAAUUGGUUGAUUUUUAAUCCUCCUGUCACUGCAAGCUGGGCAUUUAAAAAAUUAUGCAAAGUUAAGGGGUUGGUCAGUCAAUGGUUGAGUGCAGUGCAAUAUAGCGUUAGCUCUGUAUAUGAUAGUCUCAGAGUUCCUUCUCCUCCUGUCAAAUGGGCUAGUUUGGUUUCAUUGAUGAUGACUCUUGUCGUUUUUGUUGUAGUAGAAGUGAAUCUAUUGAGCACUUAUUCUUUAGCUGUCACUAUAGUCAGCAAUGCUUUAUUCAGCUCACCUCAUGGAUUGAUGUGA